AUGAUGCGAACACCCAAAGGUGUUUCUCCAGCGGCUGCGGGUCGUGCCUCGCUGGGUCUGCCCGGCUCCCAGCUGAAGAUGAAGGUCUCCUCCGGCGGAGCAGCAGUGAAGGCCGAGUUCUUCAGCACCGGCCUGUCCAGCCCCCCGAUGAGCACGGUGCCGGUGGGAUACUUUACCCAGAUCUGCAACACGGCCCUGGCCGAACAAAGAGCCCACAGCCUGUACUCCACCCCCCACGGACCAGAAGCUAAACCCAUCAGAUCAUCCUCCGGGAGGCUGCCGGCUAAAAGGAAGCUGGAUCUCGAGGACCCUCUUUACCUCCCAGAGUUCCGCACGCCAAAAGGCAAAGGCAGCAUCUCAGCCAGGAUACCAAGUCCAAGAACUCCAAAGUCUCCAGGGGAGCGGACGCGGUACGACACCUCCCUGGGCCUGCUGACCAAGAAGUUUGUGGGUCUGAUCGCCGAGUCUCCCGACGGAGUUCUGGACCUGAACUGGGCCACCGAGGUUCUGGAGGUCCAGAAGAGACGCAUCUAUGACAUCACCAACGUCCUGGAGGGAGUGCAGCUGAUCAGAAAGAAAUCAAAGAAUAACAUCCAGUGGCUGGUUGGAGACGUGUUUGAAGGCGGUGCAGGCGGAGGAGAGAAGGCGUGCGCCCUGAGGAAAGAGCUGGGCGACCUGGAGAGGGCGGAGCGGUCUCUGGACGAGCUCAUCCAGUCCAGCACCACGCAGCUCAAACAGCUCACUGAAUACAAAGACAAUCAGAGGCUAGGCUACGUGACGUACCAGGACAUCCGCUCCAUUGGCAGUCUCCGAGACCAGACGGUCAUCGCUGUCAAGGCCCCGGCUGAGACCAAGCUGGAGGUGCCAGACGCAGGAGGGCAGGAGUCAUUACAGAUCUACUUAAAGAGUAAAAACGGCCCAAUCGAAGUCUACCUGUGUCCGGAGGAGGGUCUGGAAGAUGCCAGCCCCGUUAAGAGCCUUGUCACCCCCAAGGAGGAGUUUCCCCCCCCGCUCGGUCCUCCAGCUGCAACACCGAUGACACAAACAUGUUACGGCAUCAAGGAGGAGCCUGUUGAAUCCAACCUGUCGACAGCUGCAGUUCCCUCCGCCCUCUCGGCUUCAGUCUCCACCUCUGCUCUGCUGGACGUAGAGAGGCUGUUGGGUUUGCCCCCCAGCCUGCUGCAGAUCACCGAGGACCAGCUCCCUGGCACCUCGUUCGCCCCGGAUCCCAACACGCCCUUUGUCAGUUUCUCUCCCCCCUUGGACCACGACGAUUACCUCUGGAGCCUGGACGAUGGCGAGGGAGUGUCUGACUUCUUUGACACCUACGACCUUGGGGAUCUGUUGAAGAGCUGA